AUGGGCUUGGCCGGCGACCUCCCUGUUCACUUUACGCGAGACUGCCACGGCUGGGGUGUCGUCAAGGGAACCGUGGGCAAACUCAUGGAGCAAUGCAAAGUCUACAUAUCGGAGGGCAUGUCUCUGACAGUCUUCCCGGAGGGAGGACGCUCAGAGAAUGGCCAUCUACGCCCUUUUAAAGACGGGUUCUUCCAACUCGCGCUCGAAACACAGGCCGAAAUCCUUCCCUGCGCCUUGUCCGGCGUGGCCUAUCUAUGA